GUGGAGGCGGGAAGCGCGGUGUGAGCGGCAUGUCGGGCUCGGGGUGCGCGUGCGGAGGUGCGGCUGCAGUUCGUCUCGCCAACGAGCCGCUGCUCUCGCUCGUCCUCACCUGCCUCAGAAAUCAGGAUGAUCAAAAGGAGAGCCUGCUGAGCUCUAUCCACGCGCAGCUGGCGCACUACCUGGGACGUGCGCGCGAGCAGGAGCGCGCGGCGUGCGGGGACGCGCACGACGAGGUGCCCGCAGACGCGCUGCUGCUGCGCUUCUCACUCGCCGGCGGCAUGUUCGACGCCAUCCGCCGCUCCUACCAGCUCACCUCCGACUGGGCAGUGCUUCUCACACAGCUACUCGCCCACCAAGUCCUAGAUGCCUACAAUAACACGUUAUGCCGCAGCAAUCUGUUCACGACACUAAUCGAUAUGCUAGCAACACUGAUCCACUCUACAUUGGCGGAGGGCGGAGACGACAACAACAGGAAGCACUACCAGAACCUCAUGAAGAAGCUCAAGAAGGAGAUCGGCGACCGGCAUGGACCCUCAGUGCAGAGUGUCCGCCAGCUACUUCCACUCUCCAAGAAUACUAUCAUCGAGGUAUUUGUUACGUAG